CCAGAACUGCGGUACGGACGAUUUUCGUGACUGAGUGAUAAAGAAAGUGAAAACAUGAGAACCGUAACAUAAAAGCGCUGUUUGUAUGGGUAUAAAUGCCUAGGAAGUUGACGGGUUCUAAAUUGAAAGAAGUGUUCCGAAAAAUGAAAUAGCCGAAAAAUAUGCGUGAGGAGUGCCGAAUCGAAGAAAGGUUAAAAUACAAUUCCAUGAGUUUAUUGUUUACUUGAUGUCAUUAGAAUCCGAGACUCAAGUGCAUCUCGUUUCGUGACACCCGCAGGUUCGGGAGGCAUAUAAGGCAGGUCAGUGUCGCCACUCCAUGAGCUCUGAGCAGAUGUGAGCUACCACCAUUGGAGCAUCGUAAUGGGACACUGUGUUUCAUGAUCAUGAUGUUUGAUGAUGACUUGGCACUACAGUUGCAACUGCAGGAUAUGAACAGACAACCAUCAAUAAUGGAUCUACCUGACGACUCAUCUACACACCGGUGGAAGAGUCGAAAAGAAAGUGAAAAUGAGGACCCAAACAAAAAACCAAUGACACUCAUAGAUCCAUCUUUUGAGUAUAUUGAUCCAACUCCAGAUGUUCACGCUAUGUUUUUGCAGUUCAACUCCCGCUUCUUUUGGGGUAAACUUUAUGCUGUUGAAGUAAGAUGGAGUCCAAGGAUGACUUCAUGUGCUGGUGUAUGUUGUUAUGAAGGGAGAGGUGGUUUAUGUUCCAUUCGUUUGAGUGCACCAUUGUUGAAAUUACGCCCACGGAAGGAUCUUGUUGAAACAUUACUUCAUGAAAUGAUACACGCCUACCUCUUUGUGACAAACAAUGAUCGGGACCGAGAUGGCCAUGGACCUGAAUUCCACAAGCACAUGUAUCGCAUCAACAAAGAAGCAGGCACCAAAAUAUCUGUGUACCAUAACUUUCAUGAUGAAGUGAAGCUUUAUCAGCAACACUGGUGGCGGUGCAAUGGCCCAUGCCAGAAGUGGCGACCUUAUUUUGGUAUGGUAAAACGAGCAAUGAAUCGACCUCCUGGGCCCACUGACUUUUGGUGGGCAAAUCAUCAGGCCAAAUGUGGUGGUACCUACAUAAAAGUCCGCGAGCCAGAAGGUUUCUCUAAAAAGAAAACAGGUCAUGCACCAGUAAAAGGGACUGCUACAGUGUCUAAAGAAAGGAAUGACAUCCGUAAUUUCUUUCCAUUUAUGGGUGAAGGUAAGGCAUUGGCCACAAGCAGUUCACAUGACAAAGCAAGACCUGUUUCAGAUGGAAAGUGUUCAUCUGAAAAGGAUACUCUCAGAAACACAGAUAUGGUUAUUUCUAACAAAAAGGAACCAAGUGAUUUAGUGCAUCGUGGGCCAGUGUCUGUAAGUAGUUUCAUUAAAGGUGCCCCAGUAGCCAAAGAUAAAAAUGUAGGUGUUAAGGGGCUAUUUGACAAGCCAGUUUUAAACACUCACUCUAAAAAUGUAACAAAUAGUAAAAAUAACCUCCUAAGCAAUAAUAAGAGCAGUUCACCUUUUGGUUCAUCUCCAAACAAUAAGUUUGGAAAGGCUCGAAUUGGAGGAAUGUUGGCCAAUAAAGGAAAUGGAACUAUGGUAAUCACCCAAAAAGGAAACAAGCAGACACAGAAAAAGUCCAGUGGUGCAAAUGAUUCAGCACCUCACCACUCUGUUUCUGCACCAGUUACUCCUUUUGUUGGAAAAGGCUAUACUGUUGGAUCCACUAGCAGCUGUCAGCCUGUGCCAGCAGCUACUGAAAAGCCAUGGUUGUCCUUGCUGGACAAAAUUGAAGCUGACAGGAAGAAAAAGAAACAUUUGUCCUCUUUGACAAUUGGCAAAGUCUUCUCAACAACCAAGACAGUAAAAAGUAAUGAAAUUAUUAAAAAUGAAAGUAAAAUGAAGAAUUCCAGUGAGUCAAUGCGGUCACCACCCAAGAAAUUCAAAAAUGAUCCUGCUACAAAGCCUUUUUUCCCAACUGAUGUGGGCAGCCACAAUAAAAUCCACAGUAGCAUGGAUAGUAACAGCCAAGCACAGUCAUCAGCAAAUGGCAGUUUGGAAGUUAUGGUCAACUGUCCAACUUGUGGAACAUUAGUGGAAGAAAAUGCAAUCAAUUCACACUUAGAUACUUGUUUGCAGCAUAGAGCAGAAGACACACCUGCAUCUCAGAAUGUAGCAAACUGCCCAAUCUGCAACAAGAAUUUUCCAUUAAAUGAAAUUAAUAGUCAUGUUGAUGUAUGUCUGAGUAAUAAUGAUGAUUCUACCUCUGUAACAAUGGAAGAGGAAGAUGAAAUGAUUAAAUGUCCUAUGUGUGAUGAGAAACUUUUAAAACAUACACUGGAUGUCCAUCUAGAAUCAUGCAUUCUCUGUAUUACAAAAGCAGAUGCUUGUUUCAUUGAAGAUGACUGUGAGAGUGAGGUGAAUGAUGCUAGUGGAAGUGAUGGUGGAGAGGAUUUACACCCAUGCCCUCUAUGCAUGAAGUUAGUGAAAGAGAAUCUCAUGAACAUCCAUUUGGAUGAUUGCUUGUCAGCAGACAUUUUGCAGGAAAUGGCUCAAGAGUGAUUAAAUGUUCCUAGAGAAAAAAAAGUC